GGUGGCAUGUAUUUCACCAUAAAGUACCUUUGCCCUCCGGACUAUGUUCCGGUCGUGGCUUGGAUUUCUGGUACGUUGCGAUUCCGUGCGAGGCUGCCUGGCAAUCAAAAAAAAGAAGAAGAAGAGCAAAUCUCAGUCACUGCCCCUGUUCAGGGAAUGCAGGGCCGCAUUCCAACCCGAUUCUUCAUCUGGGUCGCAACGGCCCGAUUCCGUUCAAGUGGAGGCGUUCCUCUGACGGCAUUUGUUUGAUUGAUAGGAUGGCUCAACCUCAUCGGCACUGUCACUGGAACAGCAUCGGCGGAGUACGGAUCAGCUCAGAUGCUCCUCUCCUCCAUCUCCAUUGCCACUGGAUUCCAGUACCGGCCCACCCAGGUUCAAACCAUCGGCGUAAUGGCGGUAUUGUGUGUUGCCCAUGGACUGGCCAACAGCAUGUCCACGCGGUGGCUGAAUAAGAUUUCCGGCACGUACGCCAUUGUGCACAUAUCCAUUCUACUGGGGGCUGCGCUGGCACUGCUGGCCGUGGACCGGAACAAGCACACUCCAGAAUAUGUCUUCACCCACCUUGAGCCGCAGUCUGGCUGGUCACCCCCUGGAUUCAGUUUCUGGUUUGGGUGCUUGAGUGUUUCCUGGAUCAUUGCAAACUGCGAUGGAGUCGGACACAUUGCUGAGGAGACCAAAAACCCGUCCAAAGUCGUCCCAUUCGCCAUUACAUCGUCUGCUGUCUUCACAUAUGUUGUGGGUUUCUUGUACAACAUUGUCCUGGUUUUCUGCAUGGGCGACCCCCGCGAGCUUUUGGACUCACCAACCGGCAUGCCCGUCACGCAAAUCUUUUACAACGUCAUGGGUCCGGCUCCGGCAGUUCUGCUCUCCAUGGCAGGUUUCAUAGUCAUGAACAUUGUAUGCAUCCCCUCCAUGCAUGCGGGCUCUCGCACCGUCUGGGCUUUUGCCCGCGAUGAGUUACUUCCGCUUUCCCGUGUCUGGUUCCGCAUGAACUCCCGCACGGGCACUCCAGUCCCGGCAGUUUGGUUGUAUGUUGCCCUCUGCAUCACUGUCAACCUCAUCGGUCUUGGAUCCGACAUUCUCAUGGCGGCCAUCUUCAACGUCUGUGUGGUUGCUCUCAACUGGAGCUACUGCAUCCCCAUCCUGUGUAAGCUGAUCUACCCUACACGUUUCGAGAAGGGAUCUUGGAGUCUAGGCCCGUUCGGCGUUGUUAUCAACAUAUACUCGAUCAUUUGGAACGCUUUUUUGUCGGUUAUCUUCAUGCUGCCUACCGUCCGCCCCGUCACCACGGACAACAUGAACUACGCCUCGGUUGUAUUGGUCGUCACCCUUCUUUUCUCCGUCCUGUAUUGGUACCUACAAGGAAAGCAGUAUUACACCGGUCCCCGUACGUACGCCAGGGUGUCGGAUGGGGAUGUCCUGGGCGUCGACGAAGUGGUCCCUAGCCAUGACCUGGAGAAAGCCGGGCACGAGGACCUGCCGGCGAAGCAGGGCGUUCAGAUCGACGUGGAGGAAGUCGAGGCCAAUAAUUCAGAAACGAGCUCGACGGUGGCCAUCGUCGACAUGAAAGCACACUCCUAUCUGCGCGGCCCAGAAGAGGUCAAGGAGUCGAACGAUUCGCAGGAAAGCCUGCCUACCGGCCCGACGGCCACACCUCACCGAUAGAACGGCGAGGCAUAUAUCAAAGUAACGUCUUUGUUGAGUCUGGGCAUUGGGAAACGCGAGUGACUAGAGGUGAAGGGCCUCGGGUCUCAGCUAGCACCAUGGCAUUAUUCAUACAGCAUGGCAUAGAAAACGACGCCAUGGACAUGGCACAUCUUUCACAAUAUUAUGACUUUGCUUCUUCCUCAUUUCUUUCUACGGUUCUCUCCUUGUUUCCUUCUCUUCUCGGUUCCUGUUCAGCAACUUAUUUUAUUGCAGUUUGUUUUUCGGGUUGGGAUAUUGGGCUUCGGCAACUUCACUUUCGACUAUCAGGGGGGGGGGAGUGUAUGGGUGAAGAAGGGCAAUAAAAG